AUGUCUUCAGAAGAGCAGCCCGCAGCCCCUGUCGCGAAGACCUCUGGAGGCAAUGCUGCCUAUCACAACUUCCACAACGACUUCGUUCAUGUUCAAGACCCCAACGAGCGACGCCGUCUCGCUCUCGCCGAGAUUGACAAGGCCCCGUUCGGCUGGUAUCAUGUUCGCGCGGUUGUCGUUGCUGGUGUGGGAUUUUUCACCGACUCUUACGAUAUCUUUGCCGUUUCUCUUUUGACCACUAUGCUUGGCAUAGUAUAUUACCCCAGCACCGGUUCCCUGCCUACCCAAUCCGACAGUGCUAUCAAGCUUGCUACAUCCGCCGGUACAGUCAUCGGUCAACUUCUCUUCGGUCACCUCGCGGAUAGAUUUGGCCGUAAGAAGAUGUACGGUAUUGAGUUGAUCAUCAUCAUCUUCGCAACCUUUGGACAGGCUCUCGCCUCUGGCUCGCCCUCGGUCAACAUCGUCGGUCUUAUCAUCUUCUGGCGUGUUCUGAUGGGCGUGGGUAUUGGUGGUGACUACCCAUUGUCAAGUAUUAUCACUUCCGAGUUCGCGACCACCAAGUGGCGCGGCGCUAUGAUGGCUGCCGUCUUCGCCAUGCAGGGUAUUGGCCAGCUCGUCUGUGCUAUGAUCAUGCUGUUUGUCACCCUCGGCUUCAAGGAGGCCCUGCUGCAGUCACAGGGUGUGACGACUUGCAAUGACUACUGCGCCGUUGCCGUUGAUAAGAUGUGGAGAACUCUGAUCGGUUUCGGUGCCGUUCCCGCCUGUAUCGCCUUGUACUAUCGUCUGACCAUUCCUGAGACUCCUCGAUACACUUUUGAUGUCAGUCGGGAUAUUGAGAAGGCCUCGGAUGAUGUCAAGGCAUACAUGUCCGGCAAGCACGAGGGUCACCCCGAUGAGGUCGCCAGAAUCCAGGCUCGUGCUGCCGCUGAGUCUCAAAUGCAAAUUCCUAAGGCAAGUUUCGGUGACUUCUGUCGCCACUACGCCAAGCCCAAGAACGGUCUUCUCCUACUCGGUACUGCCGGUUCUUGGUUCAUGUUGGAUGUUGCUUAUUAUGGUCUCUCGCUCAACAACACCGUUAUCCUUAACGUUAUCGGGUUCUCUACGAAGGGUGCCACUAGCGCCUACGCAUACCUCUAUAACACUGCUGUCGGUAACCUAAUAAUUGUCCUAGCUGGCGCGGUGCCUGGCUACUGGGUCUCCGUUGCGACGAUCGACACUCUUGGUCGUAAGACUAUCCAGCUCAUGGGUUUCAUCAUUCUUACGAUCCUAUUCUGUGUAAUGGGUUUCGGCUACAACUACAUCACGGCACACUCCCAGAACGGCUUGCUUGCGAUCUACGUUCUGGCCCAGUUCUUCUUCAACUUCGGACCUAACACCACUACAUUCAUCGUUCCUGGCGAGGUGUUCCCCACACGCUACCGUUCCACCUCUCACGGCAUCUCUGCCGCCUCCGGCAAGAUCGGCUCUAUCAUUGGCCAGGGUGCUAUUGCUACCCUGCGCACCAGGGGCGCCACUAAGGAUAACGCCGCCCCCUGGAUGGACCACGUUCUCGAGAUAUACGCCUUGUUCAUGCUGCUCGGUGUCUUCACUACCUUUUGUAUUCCCGAGACUAAGCGCAAGACUCUUGAGGAGCUUUGCGGCGAGGACCAACCCCUUCCCAAAUCGCCUCACUCCGACAAUGCUGGCGGCGUUUUCGACGGCAAGCCUGAGCAAACUCUCUAG